GUAUCCCUCCGCCGCUCCGCUCCAACACAAAAUAGGGCCGCGUCUUCUCCUUUCUCCGCUUCUCGAGUGGGGUUCCCCAGGCAAAAGAGCCCCCCGGAUCUUGCGCCGGAGGCUUCCUGAAUCUCUACGACCGCUGCCGAGAUCUCGGGCCAGGAAAUAGCCCCUUCGCAGGAACCACCCUACCGGCCGAACAGGAGGCGGAGGGGGGGGAGGCGGAGCGGCGCCGCGCUGCACUACUUUCCUCUCCGGUUGCAAAUGGCUGCCUCGUUCCCCACUUUCCGCUCAGUUUCCUGACCCCCCGGUGCCGGGAGCCGGGGUUGGGCCAUGCACCUCUAGGCCCCCCGCGAUCACAGCCAGCCGGGGGUCGAGGGGGUGCCGCCGAUCAGAGCCGGCCAGGCCGGGGGCGGGGCAGCUCCCGAGGCCAGAGGGGAAGGGAGGCGAGCGCAGGGCCUGGAGCGGCCGGAGGGGAGCGGGCAGAGGGCUCGCACCGCCCGCCCCUUCCUCUUCCUCGCCCACCUACCCUCCUCCCUUCCCCGGGGGGGAGCAGAAGGUGGGGGGCUCGAAGCCUCAGAGGGUGAGCGCUCGGGGUCGAGGAGCCCGGCGCUGGGUGUGUGUCAGGUUCAGCCCCGCGGCCCCGCCGGCUCCGCGUCGCCGUAGCUUGCGCGGCCCCGGGGCGCCGGCCCGGGCGGGGAGAGGGGCUCGGCUCUCCAGCGAGGGUCUCACGUUCCAUCCGGGCCCGGCGCGGGGCGGCGCGGCAUUCCUUCCGGGCUGCUGGGGAGGCGCCUCGACGUUCCAUCUGGAGAGCCUCGACGUUCCGCCCGAGCCCGGCGCGGGCGGCCGGGGCGCUGGCCCGGCCCUAGGACAGAGAGGCCGCCCGGCGACGCGGAUGCGGAGCCUGCUCGCCCAAGAUCAAAGCCACCGGUGCUCUCUUUGUGUCCGCUCGGGAUUCGCCGCCCUGGGGCUGUCCAUGGAAACCUAAACUGCUGGAACCCGAGGCAGAGAACCCUUCUUUGGCUUCUUGCGUUUUUUUGGGGGAGGAGGGUGGCCACUCCGACCUGGAUUUACCGUUCUUGGCCCCCCUAAGCCCCCCCGUGCGGGGGGCGGCUGUGAUCGCUCUGGCGGUUGGAGGUCGGGGAGCGGCCCGGGCUCUGGCCAUGUUCUCGGAUGAGGAUUUCUGGAUCGCCCUGUGAAGAGGUCUCCCCGAGAGGGCCCUGCCCAGUCGGAGAGAGGGAUGGACAGCCAGAAGCCGCCUGGUGAGGAUAAAGAUUCAGAACCGGCAGCUGAUGGACCUGCAGCCUCUGAGGAGUCAGGCACCACUGAGCCAGACCUUCCCAACCCACAUGUGGGGGAGGUCUCUGUGCCCAGUUCUGGAGGUCCUAGGCUUCAGGAGCCUCCCCAGGACUGCAGUGGGGGUCCGGUGCGGCGUUGUGCUCUCUGUAACUGCGGGGAGCCCAGUCUACAUGGGCAGCGGGAGCUACGGCGCUUUGAGUUGCCAUUUGACUGGCCCCAGUGUCCAGUGGCGUCCCCUGGGGGGAAUCCAGGGCCCAACGAGGCAGCGCUGCCCUGUGAGGACCUGUCACAGAUUGGUUUCCCUGAGGGCCUGACACCUGCCCACCUAGGAGAACCUGGCGGGUCCUGCUGGGCUCACCAUUGGUGUGCUGCGUGGUCGGCAGGCGUAUGGGGGCAGGAGGGCCCAGAACUAUGUGGUGUGGACAAGGCCAUCUUCUCAGGGAUCUCACAGCGCUGUUCCCACUGCACCAGGCGCGGUGCCUCCAUCCCUUGCCGCUCACCCGGAUGUCCACGGCUUUACCACUUCCCCUGUGCGACUGCCAGCGGUUCCUUCUUAUCCAUGAAAACACUGCAGCUGCUAUGCCCGGAGCACAGUGAGGGGGCUGCACAUCUGGAGGAGGCUCGUUGUGCAGUAUGUGAGGGACCAGGGGAAUUGUGUGACCUGUUCUUCUGUACCAGCUGUGGGCAUCACUAUCACGGGGCCUGCCUGGACACUGCUCUGACUGCCCGCAAACGUGCUGGCUGGCAGUGCCCUGAAUGCAAAGUGUGCCAAGCCUGCAGGAAACCUGGGAAUGACUCUAAGAUGUUGGUCUGUGAGACGUGUGACAAAGGAUACCACACCUUCUGCCUAAAACCACCAAUGGAGGAACUGCCUGCUCACUCUUGGAAGUGCAAGGCAUGCCGGGUAUGCCGGGCCUGUGGGGCAGGCUCAGCAGAGCUGAAUCCCAACUCUGAGUGGUUUGAGAAUUACUCGCUCUGUCACCGCUGUCACAAAGCCCAAGGAGGACAGCCUGUCAGUUCUGUGGCUGAGCAGCAUCCCCCUGUCUGUAGCAGGUUCUCACCCCCAGAGCCUGGUGAUACCCCCACUGAUGAGCCCGAAGCUCUGUACGUUGCAUGCCAAGGGCAGCCAAAGGGUGGGCACGUGACCUCUAUGCAACCCAAGGAACCGGGGCCCCUGCAAUGUGAAGCCAAACCACUAGGGAGAGCAGGGGCCCAACUUGAGCCCCAGUUGGAGGCCCCCCUAAAUGAGGAGAUGCCACUGCUGCCCCCACCUGAGGAGUCGCCCCUGUCCCCACCACCUGAGGAAUCGCCCACAUCCCCGCCGCCUGAGGCAUCGCGCCUGUCCCCACCACCUGAGGAAUCACCCCUCUCUCCACCGCCUGAGGAGUCUCCUCUGUCUCCUCCACCUGAGUCAUCACCCUUUUCUCCACUGGAGGAGUCACCGUUCUCUCCACCAGAGGAGUCCCCCCCAUCUCCCCCACUCGAGACACCCCUGUCUCCACCGCCUGAAGCAUCACCCCUGUCCCCACCAUUUGAAGAGUCUCCCCUGUCCCCCCCACCUGAGGAGUUGCCUACUUCCCCACCUCCUGAAGCAUCUCGCCUGUCUCCACCACCUGAGGAGUCACCUAUGUCCCCUCCACCUGAAGAAUCACCCAUGUCUCCACCACCUGAGGCAUCUCGUCUGUUCCCACCAUUUGAAGAAUCACCCCUAUCCCCUCCACCAGAGGAGUCUCCUCUCUCCCCACCACCAGAGGCAUCACGUCUGUCCCCACCACCUGAGGACUCGCCCAUGUCCCCACCACCUGAAGACUCGCCUAUGUCCCCCCCGCCUGAGGUAUCAUGCCUAUCCCCCCUGCCUGAGGUGUCACGCCUGUCCCCACCACCUGAGGAAUCUCCCCUGUCCCCACCGCCCGAGGAGUCUCCCACGUCUCCUCCACCUGAGGCUUCACGCCUAUUCCCGCCGCCUGAGGACUCACCCACUUCCCCACCACCCGAAGACUCACCUGCUUCUCCGCCCCCGGAGGAGCUGCUCAUGACCCUACCGCUAGAGGAGUCAUCCUUGUUGCCACUGCCUGAGGAGCCACGACUCUGCCCCCGACCUGAGGAGCUGUGCCUGUCCCCUCGGCCUGAGGAGCCGCGCCUGUCCCCUCGGCCUGAGGAGCCGCGCCUGUCCCCUCGGCCUGAGGAGCCCUGUCUGUCCCCCCGGCCUGAGGAGCCGCGCCUGUCCCCCGCACUUGAGGAACCGCGCCUGUCCCCUGCGCCUGAGAAGCUGCAUUUAUCCCCCCCGCUUGAGGAGCCACAUCUGUCCCCCCGGCCUGAGAAGCCAUGCCUGUCCCCUGCCCCUGAGGAGCUGUGUCUGUCUUCCCGGCCUGAGGAGCCCUGUCUGUCCCCCCGGCCUGAGGAGCCACGCCUGUCCCCCCGGCCUGAGGAGCCACGCCUGUCCCCCCAGCCUGAGGAGCCAUGCCUGUCCCCCCUGCCUGAGGAGCCGCAGCUGUCCCCCGUGCCUGAGGAGCUACGCCUGUCCCCCGGGCCUGAGGAGCCACGCCUGUCCCCCCAGCCUGAGGAGCCGCCCCUGUCCCCCCGGCCUGAGGAGUUGCGCUUGGCCCCCCAGCCUGAGGAACCGCGCCUGUCCCCUCGACCUGAAGAGCCCCCUGAGGAGCCAGGCCUAUGCCCUGCACCUGAGGAAUUGCCCUUGUUCCUCCCACCUGGGGAGCCACCUUUAUCCCCCUUGCUUGGAGAGCCGGCCCUGUCUGAGCCUGGGGAACCACCUCUGUCCCCUCUACCUGAGGAGUUGCCGUUGUCCCCAUCCGGGGAGCCAUCCUUGUCACCUCAGCUGAUGCCACCAGAUCCUCUUCCUCCUCCACUCUCACCCAUUAUUACAGCUGUGGCCCCGCCGGCCCUGUCUCCUUUGGGGGAGUUAGAAUACCCCUUUGGUGCCAAAGGGGACAGUGAUCCUGAGUCGCCAUUGGCUGCCCCCAUCCUAGAGACACCCAUCAGCCCUCCACCAGAAGCUAACUGCACUGACCCUGAGCCUGUACCUCCUAUGAUCCUUCCCCCAUCUCCAGGCUCCCCAAUGGGACCAGCUUCUCCCAUCCUGAUGGAACCCCUUCCCCCUCAGUGUUCUCCACUCCUGCAGCAUUCCCUGCCUCCCCAAAACUCCCCUCCUUCCCAGUGCUCUCCUCCUGCUCUGCCACUGUCCAUUCCCUCCCCACUGAGUCCCAUGGAGAAGGCAGUGGAGGUCUCAGAUGAGGCUGAGCCACAUGAGAUGGAGACUGAGAAAGUCCCAGAACCUGAGUGCCCAGCCUUGGAACCCAGCCCUACUAGUCCUCUCCCCUCCCCCAUGGGUAACCUUUCCUGCCCUGCACCUAGUCCUGCCCCAGCUCUGGAUGACUUCUCCGGUCUGGGGGAAGAUACAGCCCCUCUGGAUGGGACUGACACUCCUGGUUCACAGCCAGAGGCUGGACAGACCCCUGGCAGUUUGGCUAGUGAACUUAAGGGUUCCCCUGUGCUCCUGGACCCCGAGGAGCUGGCCCCUGUGACCCCUAUGGAGGUCUAUGGCCCAGAAUGCAAGCAGGCAGGGCAGAGUUCACCCUGUGAAGAGCAAGAGGAGCCACGUGCACCAGUGGCCCCUACCCCACCCACUCUCAUCAAAUCCGACAUCGUUAAUGAGAUCUCCAAUCUGAGCCAGGGUGAUGCCAGUGCCAGUUUUCCUGGCUCUGAGCCCCUGCUAGGCUCUCCCGACCCCGAAGGGGGCGGCUCCUUGUCCAUGGAGCUGGGGGUAUCUACAGACGUUAGUCCAGCCCGAGAUGAGGGCUCCCUGCGACUCUGUACUGACUCGCUGCCAGAGACUGACGACUCGCUACUGUGUGAUGCUGGGACAGCUAUUGGCGGAGGCAAAGCUGAGGGGGACAAGGGGAGGCGGCGCAGCUCCCCAGCUCGUUCCCGCAUCAAACAGGGUCGCAGCAGUAGUUUCCCAGGAAGACGCCGGCCACGUGGAGGAGCACAUGGAGGACGCGGGAGAGGACGGGCCCGGCUAAAAUCAACUACUUCUUCCAUUGAGACUCUGGUAGUUGCUGAUAUCGAUAGCUCUCCCAGCAAAGAGGAAGAAGACGACGAUGACGACACCAUGCAAAAUACUGUGGUUCUCUUCUCCAACACAGACAAGUUUGUCCUAAUGCAGGACAUGUGCGUGGUAUGUGGCAGCUUUGGACGGGGAGCAGAGGGCCACCUCCUCGCCUGUUCCCAGUGUUCUCAGUGCUAUCACCCUUAUUGUGUCAACAGCAAGAUCACCAAGGUGAUGCUGCUAAAGGGCUGGCGUUGUGUGGAGUGCAUUGUGUGUGAGGUGUGCGGCCAGGCCUCGGACCCCUCACGCCUCCUGCUCUGUGAUGACUGUGACAUUAGCUACCACACAUACUGCCUGGACCCGCCACUGCUCACCGUGCCCAAGGGUGGCUGGAAGUGCAAAUGGUGUGUGUCUUGUAUGCAGUGUGGGGCUGCCUCUCCUGGCUUCCACUGUGAAUGGCAGAAUAGUUAUACACACUGCGGGCCCUGCGCUAGCCUGGUGACCUGCCCUAUCUGUCAUGCCCCAUAUGUGGAAGAGGACCUCCUAAUCCAGUGCCGCCACUGUGAACGGUGGAUGCAUGCUGGCUGCGAGAGCCUCUUCACAGAGGAUGACGUGGAACAGGCGGCCGACGAGGGCUUUGACUGUGUCUCCUGCCAGCCUUAUGUGGUAAAGCCUGCUGCGCCUGUUGCUCCUCCAGAGUUGGUGCCUAUGAAGGUGAAAGAGCCAGAGCCUCAAUACUUUCGCUUUGAGGGUGUGUGGCUGACAGAAACUGGCAUGGCCGUGCUGCGUAACCUGACCAUGUCACCCCUGCACAAGCGGCGCCAGCGGCGAGGACGGCUUGGCCUCCCAGGGGAGGCAGGGCUAGAGGGUUCUGAGCCCUCAGAUGCCCUUGGCCCUGAUGACAAGAAGGAUGGGGACCUGGAUGCUGACGAGCUGCUCAAGGGUGAAGGUGGCGUGGAGCACAUGGAAUGCGAAAUGAAACUGGAGGGGCCUAUCAGCCCUGAUAUAGAGCCUGGCAGAGAGGAGACCGAGGAAAGCAAGAAACGCAAACGCAAACCCUAUCGGCCUGGCAUUGGUGGUUUCAUGGUGCGACAGCGGAAAUCCCACACACGUGUGAAAAAGGGGCCUGCUGCACAGGCGGAGGUGUUGAGUGGGGAUGGGCAGCCCGACGAGGGUGAGACGGUGAUGCCUGCAGACCUACCUGCAGAGGGCCCCGUGGACCAGAGCUUAGCUGAUGGGGAUGAGAAGAAGAAGCAGCAGCGGCGUGGGCGCAAGAAGAGCAAACUGGAAGACAUGUUUCCUGCUUAUCUGCAGGAAGCCUUCUUUGGGAAGGAGCUGCUGGACCUGAGCCGGAAGGCCCUUUUUGCCGUUGGGGUGGGCCGGCCCAGUUUUGGACUAGGAGCCCCAAAAGCCAAGGGGGAUAGUGGCUCAGAUAGGAAGGAGCUCCACACGUCACAGAAAGGAGAUGAUGCUCCAGAUGUUGCAGAUGAAGAAUCCCGUGGCCUGGAGGGCAAAGCAGAUACACCAGGACCUGAGGAUGGAGGCAUAAAGGCAUCCCCAGUGCCCAGUGACCCCGAGAAGCCAGGCACUCCGGGUGAAGGGAUGCUUAGCUCUGACUUAGAUAGGAUUCCCACUGAAGAACUGCCCAAGAUGGAAUCUAAAGACCUGCAGCAGCUCUUCAAGGAUGUUCUGGGUUCUGAACGAGAGCAGCACCUGGGUUGUGGAACCCCCGGCUCGGAUGGCAGCCGUACACCGCUGCAGAGGCCCUUUCUUCAAGGUGGACUCCCUUUGGGCAAUCUCCCCUCCAGCAGCCCAAUGGACUCCUACCCGGGCCUCUGCCAGUCCCCAUUCCUGGAUUCUAGGGAGCGCGGGGGCUUCUUUAGCCCGGAACCCGGUGAGCCAGACAGCCCCUGGACAGGCUCAGGGGGCACCACGCCCUCCACCCCCACCACCCCCACCACGGAGGGAGAGGGCGACGGGCUCUCCUAUAACCAGCGGAGCCUUCAGCGUUGGGAGAAGGAUGAGGAGUUGGGCCAGCUCUCCACCAUCUCACCUGUGCUCUAUGCCAACAUUAACUUUCCCAAUCUCAAGCAAGAUUACCCAGACUGGUCUAGCCGUUGCAAACAAAUCAUGAAGCUCUGGAGAAAAGUUCCAGCUACUGACAAAGCCCCCUACCUGCAAAAGGCCAAAGAUAACCGGGCAGCUCACCGCAUCAACAAGGUGCAAAAGCAGGCUGAGAGCCAGAUCAACAAGCAGACCAAGGUGGGCGACAUGGCCCGUAAGACUGACCGACCGGCCCUACAUCUUCGCAUUCCCCCCCAGCCAGGGGCACUGGGCAGUCCGCCCCCCGCUGCUGCCCCCACCAUUUUCAUUGGCAGCCCCACUACCCCCGCCGGCUUGUCUACCUCUGCGGACGGGUUCCUGAAGCCGCCGGCGGGCACAGUGCCCGGCCCCGACUCGCCCGGUGAGCUCUUCCUCAAGCUCCCACCCCAGGUGCCCGCCCAAGUGCCUUCGCAGGACCCCUUUGGACUGGCCCCCGCCUAUGCUCUGGAGCCCCGCUUCCCCACGGCACCACCUACUUAUCCUCCCUAUCCUAGUCCAACUGGGGCCCCUGCGCAGCCCCUGACGCUGGGCGCCUCAUCUCGUCCUGGGACGGGCCAGCCAGGGGAAUUCCACACUACCCCACCCGGCACCCCCCGGCACCAGCCCUCCACACCCGAUCCCUUUCUCAAACCCCGCUGCCCCUCACUGGACAACCUGGCUGUGCCUGAGAGCCCAGGGAUAGGGGGAGGCAAGGCUGCCGAGCCCCUGCUGUCACCCCCGCCUUUUGGGGAGUCUCGGAAGGCCCUAGAGGUGAAGAAGGAAGAGCUUGGGGCAUCCUCUCCUAGCUAUGGGCCCCCAAACCUAGGCUUUGUUGACUCACCUUCCUCAGGCCCCCACCUGGGCAACCUGGAGUUAAAGGCACCUGAUGUCUUUAAAGCCCCCCUGACCCCUCGGGCAUCUCAGGUAGAGCCCCAGAGCCCGGGCUUGGGCCUAAGGCCCCAGGAGCCACCCCCUGCCCAGGCUUUGGCCCCUUCUUCUCCCAGCCACUCGGACAUCUUUCGCCCUGGCCCCUAUCCUGACCCCUAUGCCCAGCCCCCGUUGACCCCUCGGCCCCAACCCCCACCCCCUGAAAGCUGCUGUGCCCUGCCCCCUCGCUCAUUGCCCUCAGACCCUUUCUCCCGAGUACCUGCCAGUCCCCAGUCCCAGUCCAGCUCGCAGUCCCCAUUAACACCCCGUCCUUUGUCUGCCGAGGCUUUUUGCCCAUCCCCUGUUACCCCUCGCUUCCAGUCCCCUGACCCUUAUUCCCGUCCACCCUCACGUCCUCAGUCCCGUGACCCAUUUGCCCCCUUGCAUAAGCCACCCCGACCCCAGCCCCCUGAAGUUGCCUUCAAGGCUGGGCCUCUAGCCCACACUCCACUGGGGGCUGGGGGCUUCCCAGCAGCCCUGCCCUCGGGACCGGCAGGUGAGCUCCAUGCUAAGGUCCCAAGUGGGCAGCCCCCCAAUUUUGCCCGGUCCCCUGGGACGGGUGCCUUUGUGGGCACGCCCUCUCCCAUGCGUUUCACUUUCCCUCAGGCGGUAGGGGAGCCUUCCCUAAAGCCCCCUGUCCCUCAGCCUGGUCUCCCUCCACCCCAUGGGAUCAACAGCCAUUUUGGGCCUGGCCCUACUUUGGGCAAGCCUCAAAGCACAAACUACGCAGUAGCCACAGGGAACUUCCACCCAUCAGGCAGCCCCCUGGGAUCCAGCAGUGGGUCCACAGGAGAGGGCUUUGGGCUGUCCCCGCUACGCCCCCCAUCAGUCCUACCACCACCUGCACCGGAUGGAUCCCUCCCCUACCUGUCGCAUGGAGCCUCACAGCGGGGAGGCAUCACCUCUCCAGUCGAUAAGCGAGAAGACCCAGGGGCUGGAUUGGGUAGCUCUUUGGCGGCACCUGAACUUCCAGGUACCCAGGACCCAGGCAUGUCCAGCCUCAGCCAGACAGAACUGGAGAAGCAGCGGCAGCGCCAGCGACUACGGGAGCUCCUGAUUCGGCAGCAAAUCCAGCGCAACACCCUGCGGCAAGAGAAGGAAACAGCUGCGGCAGCUGCAGGAGCAGUGGGGCCCCCGGGCAGCUGGGGUGCCGAGCCCAGCAGCCCUGCCUUUGAGCAGCUGAAUCGAGGCCAGACUCCCUUUGCUGGGACCCAGGACAAGAGUAGCCUUGUGGGGCUGCCCCCAAGCAAAUUGGGUGGCCCCAUCAUGGGGCCAGGGGCUUUCCCCAGCGAUGACCGACUCUCCCGGCCACCUCCACCAGCCACCCCUUCCUCUAUGGAUGUGAGCAGCCGGCAACUGGUGGGAGGCUCCCAAGCCUUCUAUCAGCGAGCACCCUAUCCUGGGUCCCUGCCCUUACAGCAGCAGCAGCAGCAACAACUGUGGCAGCAGCAGCAGCAACAACAGCAGGCAACAGCAACCUCCAUGCGCCUUGCCAUGUCUACUCGCUUUCCAUCAACUCCUGGGCCUGAACUUGGCCGCCAAACCCUAGCUUCCCCCUUGGCAGGAAUUCCCGCCCGCCUCCCUGGCCCUGGAGAGCCAGUGCCUGGUCCAGCUGGUCCUGCCCAGUUCAUUGAGUUGCGGCACAAUGUACAGAAAGGACUAGGACCUGGGGGGGCUCCGUUUCCUGGGCAGGGCCCCCCUCAGAGACCCCGUUUUUACCCAGUAAGUGAGGACUCCCACCGAAUGGCUCCUGAAGGGCUUCGAGGCCUGGCAGUAUCAGGCCUUCCCCCACAGAAACCCGCAGCACCUCCGGCCCCUGAAUUGAACAGUAGUCUCCAUCCAGUGCCCCACACCAAAGGUCCCUCCCUGCCCACUGGCUUGGAGCUGGUCAGCCGGCCCACCUCAAGCACUGAGCUUGGCCGCCCUCCUCCUCUGGCCCUGGAAGCUGGGAAGUUACCCUGUGAGGAUCCUGAGCUGGACGAUGACUUUGAUGCCCACAAGGCCCUAGAGGAUGAUGAGGAGCUUGCUCACCUGGGCCUGGGUGUGGAUGUGGCCAAGGGAGAUGAUGAGCUGGGCACCUUGGAAAACCUGGAGACCAAUGACCCUCACCUGGAUGACCUGCUCAAUGGGGAUGAGUUUGAUCUGCUCGCCUAUACUGACCCUGAGCUGGAUACUGGGGACAAGAAGGACAUCUUCAAUGAGCACCUGAGGCUGGUAGAGUCGGCCAAUGAAAAGGCUGAGCGGGAGGCCCUGCUGCGGGGGGUGGAGCCAGGACCCAUGGGCCCUGAUGAGCGCCCUCUGCCUGCUGCUGAUGUCUCUGAGGCCCGUCUGGCAUCGGUGCUCCCUGAGGUGAAGCCCAAGGUAGAGGAAGGUGGGCGCCACCCUUCCCCUUGCCAGUUCGCCAUUACCACCCCCAAGGUAGAGCCAGCACCUGCCACCACUUCCCUAGGUCUAGGGCUGAAACCAGGACAGAGUGUGAUGGGCACCCGGGACACCCGGAUGGGCACAGGACCCUUUUCCGGCAGUGGGCACACAACUGAGAAGGGCCCCUUUGGGGCCACAGGAGGACCACCAGCUCACCUGCUGACACCCAGCCCGCUGAGUGGCCCAGGAGGGUCCUCCCUGCUGGAAAAGUUUGAGCUGGAGAGUGGGGCCCUGACCUUGCCCGGUGGACAUGCAGCAUCAGGGGAUGAGCUAGACAAGAUGGAGAGCUCGCUGGUAGCCAGUGAGUUACCCUUGCUCAUCGAAGACCUGUUGGAGCAUGAGAAGAAGGAGCUGCAGAAGAAGCAGCAGCUUUCGGCACAGCUGCAGCCUGCCCAGCAACAGCAGCAACAACAGCAGCAGCAGCAGCAGCAGCAGCAUUCCCUGCUGGCCACACCAGGCCCUGCCCAGGCCAUGUCUUUGACACAUGAAGGCUCUUCUCCCAGUUUGGCUGGGCCCCAACAGCAGCUUGCCCUAGGACUUGGGGGUUCCCGACAGCCAGGCUUGGCCCAACCACUGAUGCCCACCCAGCCACCAGCACAUGCCCUCCAGCAGCGCCUGGCCCCAUCCAUGGCCAUGGUGUCCAGUCAAGGACAUAUGCUAAGUGGGCAGCACGGGGGGCAGGCAGGCUUGGUGCCCCAGCAGAGCCCACAGCCAGUGCUGGCACAGAAGCCCAUGGGUACCAUGCCAUCUUCCAUGUGUAUGAAACCUCAGCAGCUGGCCAUGCAGCAGCAGCUGGCUAACAGCUUCUUCCCUGAUACAGAUCUGGACAAAUUUGCAGCAGAAGAUAUCAUUGAUCCCAUUGCAAAGGCCAAGAUGGUGGCUUUGAAAGGCAUCAAGAAAGUGAUGGCUCAGGGCAGCAUUGGAGUGGCACCUGGUAUGAACAGGCAGCAAGUAUCUCUGCUAGCCCAGAGGCUCUCAGGAGGGCCCGGCAGUGAUCUGCAGAACCACGUGGCAGCUGGGAGUGGCCAGUCUCUCUCAUCACAGGAGCGGAGUGCUGGUGACCCUUCCCAGCCUCGUCCCAAUCCACCCACGUUUGCCCAGGGAGUGAUCAAUGAGGCUGACCAGCGGCAGUAUGAGGAAUGGCUGUUUCAUACCCAGCAGCUCCUACAGAUGCAGCUGAAGGUGCUAGAGGAGCAGAUCGGUGUGCAUCGCAAGUCCCGGAAGGCUCUGUGUGCCAAACAGCGCACUGCCAAGAAGGCUGGCCGUGAGUUCCCAGAAGCUGAUGCUGAGAAGCUCAAGCUGGUUACAGAGCAGCAGAGCAAGAUCCAGAAACAGCUGGAUCAGGUCCGGAAGCAGCAGAAGGAGCACACCAACCUCAUGGCAGAAUAUCGGAAUAAGCAGCAGCAACAGCAGCAACAGCAGCAACAGCAACACUCAGCUGUGCUGGCCCUCAGCCCUUCCCAGAGUCCCCGGCUACUCACCAAGCUCCCCGGUCAGCUGAUCCCUGGCCAUGGGCUGCAGCCACCACAGGGGCCUCCGGGUGGGCAAGCUGCAGGUCUUCGCCUGCCCCCAGGGGGCAUGGCUCUCCCUGGACAGCCUGGUGGCCCUUUCCUCAACACCUCCCUGGCCCAGCAGCAGCAACAGCAACAUUCUGGUGGGACUGGGGCCUUGGCUGGCCCCUCAGGGGGCUUUUUCCCUGGCAACCUUGCUCUUCGAGGCCUAGGACCUGAUUCGAGACUUUUACAGGAGAGGCAGCUACAGCUCCAGCAGCAACGCAUGCAACUAGCCCAGAAAUUGCAGCAGCAGCAACAGCAACAGCACCUCCUAGGACAGGUGGCAAUCCAGCAGCAACAGCAGCAGAGCUUGGGGGUACAGGCAAACCAGGCUCUGGGUCCCAAGCCCCCGGGGCUUCUGCCUCCCAGUAGCCAUCAAGGCCUCUUGGUCCAGCAGCUGUCCCCGCAACCACCCCAGGGGCCCCAGGGCAUGCUGGGCCCUGCCCAGGUGGCAGUGUUACAGCAGCAGCAGCAGCAGCACCCUGGAGCUUUGGGGCCCCAGGGUCCUCACAGACAGGUACUUCUUACCCAGUCCCGGGUGCUGAGUUCCCCCCAGCUGGCACAACAGGGUCAGGGCCUUAUGGGACACCGGCUGGUCACAGCCCAGCAGCAGCAGCAGCAACAGCACCAACAGCAGGGAUCCAUGGCAGGCCUUUCCCAUCUUCAGCAGGGCCUGAUGCCACACAGCGGGCAGCCCAAACUGAGUGCUCAGCCCAUGGCUUCCUUACAGCAGCAGCAGCUUCAGCAGCAGCAGCUACAGCAGCAACAACAGCAGCAGCAGCAGCUACAGCAGCAACAACAGCAGCAGCAACAGCAGCUACAGCAGCAGCAGCAGCAGCUACAACAGCAGCAGCUGCAGCAGCAGCAACAACUACAACAACAGCAACUACAGCAGCAGCAGCUACAGCAACAGCAGCAGCAACAGCAACAACAAUUGCAGCAGCAGCAGCAACAGCAGCAGCAGCAACAGCAGCAGAUGGGCCUCUUGAACCAGAGUCGAACUUUAUUGUCUCCCCAGCAGCAGCAGCAGCAGCAGCAGCAGCAGCAGCAGCAGCAACAGCAACAACAGCAGCAGCAGCAGCAGCAGCAGCAGCAGCAGCAGCAGGUGACCCUUGGCCCUGGCAUACCAGCCAAGCCUGUGCAACACUUUUCUAACCCCGGAACCCUGGGCCCAACUGUCCUCUUGACGGGCAAGGAACAAAGCAUUGUAGAGACGGCUCUUCCUCCAGAGGCCACUGAGGGGCCCUCCACACAUCAGGGAGGGCCGUUAGCAAUAGGGACUAUACCUGAGUCAGUGGCGACCGAACCUGGGGAGGUAAAGCCUUCGCUCUCCGGGGACUCACAGCUCCUGCUUGUCCAGCCCCAGGCCCAGCCUCAGCCCAACCCUGUGCAGCUGCAGCCACCUCUGAGGGUCCCAGGGCAACAGCAGCAGCAAGUUAACUUGCUCCACACAGGAGGUGUGGGAAGCCAUGGGCAAGCAGGCAGCGGAUCAUCUUCUGAGGCCUCAUCUAUGCCCCACCUGCUGGCCCAAUCCUCUGUUCCUUUAGGGGAGCAGCCUGGGACCAUGACCCAGAACCUUCUGGGUUCCCAACAGCCCCUUGGACUAGAGCGGCCAGUGCAGAAUAAUGCAGGGCCACAGCCUGCCAAAUCAGGACCUGUCCCCCAGGCUGGGCAGGGCCUGCCCGGGGCUGGUGUCAUGCCUACGGUGGGUCAGCUUCGAGCACAGCUCCAAGGAGUCCUGGCCAAAAACCCCCAGCUGCGGCACUUGAGUCCACAGCAGCAGCAGCAGCUACAGGCGCUCCUCAUGCAGCGGCAGCUGCAGCAGAGUCAGUCAGUGCGCCAUGCCCCACCCUACCAGGAGCCUGGGGCCCAGCCCUCUCCCCUCCAGGGCCUCCUAGGCCGCCAGCCUCAACUUGGGGGCUUCCCUGGAUCCCAGACUGGCCCCCUCCAGGAGCUAGGGGCAGGGCUUCGACCUCAGGGCCCACCCCGGCUCCCCACCCCACAAGGAGCCUUAUCCACAGGACCAGUCGUUGGCCCUGUCCAUCCCACACCUCCACCAUCCAGCCCCCAAGAGCCAAAGAGACCUUCCUCACAGCCCCCAGGAGCCAGCCCCCUGGUCCCAUCCCAGCUCCCCUCUGAGGCCCAGCUCACCCCCACCCAGCCAGGGACUCCAAAACCCCAGGGCCCAUCCUUGGAGCUGCCUCCUGGGAGGGUCUCACCUGCUGCUGCCCAGCUUGCAGAUACCUUCUUUGGCAAGGGGCUGGGACCUUGGGACCCCCCAGACAACCUAGUGGAAGCCCAGAAGCCAGAGCAGAGCAUUCAUCUGGAGCAGGUGAAUGGGCAGGCAGUGCCUGAGCCACCCCAUCUCAGCAUCAAGCAGGAGCCUCGGGAAGAGCCAUGUGCCCUGGGAGCCCAGGCGGUGAAGAGGGAGGCCAACGGGGAGCCAAUAGGGGCACCAGGUACCAGCAACCACCUCCUGCUGGCAGGCCCCCGCUCAGAGGCCGGGCAUCUGCUCUUGCAGAAGCUUCUACGGGCAAAGAAUGUGCAACUCAGCACUGGGCGGGGGCCCGAGGGGCUGCGAGCUGAGAUCAACGGGCACAUUGACAGCAAGCUGGCUGGGCUGGAGCAGAAACUACAGGGUACCCCCAGCAACAAGGAGGAUACAGCAGCAAGGAAGCCUUUGACACCAAAGCCCAAGCGGGUACAGAAGGCAAGCGACAGGUUGGUGAGCUCCCGAAAGAAGCUGCGGAAGGAGGACGGGGUCAGGGCCAGCGAGGCCUUGCUGAAACAGCUGAAACAGGAGCUGUCCCUGCUGCCCUUAACGGAGCCUACCAUCACCGCCAAUUUUAGCCUCUUUGCUCCCUUUGGCAGUGGCUGCCCGGUCAAUGGGCAAUGCCAGCUGAGGGGGGCCUUUGGAAGUGGGGCGCUGUCCACGGGCCCUGACUACUAUUCCCAGCUGCUUACCAAGAAUAACCUGAGUAACCCGCCGACACCACCCUCGUCGCUGCCCCCCACCCCACCCCCAUCGGUGCAGCAGAAGAUGGUGAAUGGCGUCACUCCAUCUGAAGAGCUGGGGGAGCACCCCAAGGAUGCUGCCUCUGCCCGGGAUACUGAAGGGACACUGAGGGAUACUUCAGAGGUGAAGAGUCUAGACCUGCUGGCUGCCUUGCCUACACCCCCUCACAAUCAGACUGAGGAUGUCAGGAUGGAGAGUGAUGAGGACAGCGAUUCUCCUGACAGCAUUGUGCCGGCUUCGUCCCCCGAGAGCAUCCUGGGGGAGGAGGCCCCUCGUUUCCCUCAGCUCGGCUCAGGCCGGUGGGAGCAGGAUGACCGGGCUCUCUCCCCUGUCAUCCCCAUCAUUCCUCGGGCCAGUAUCCCAGUCUUCCCAGAUACCAAACCUUAUGGGGCCCUGGACCUGGAGGCCCCUGGAAAGCUGCCUGCCACAACUUGGGAAAAGGGCAAAGGAAGUGAGGUGUCAGUCAUGCUGACGGUCUCUGCUGCUGCAGCCAAGAACCUGAAUGGUGUGAUGGUGGCGGUGGCAGAGCUGCUGAGCAUGAAGAUCCCCAACUCCUAUGAGGUGCUGUUCCCAGAGAGCCCUGCCCGGGCAGGCAUUGAACCUAAGAAGGGGGAAGCCGAGGGCCCUGGAGGGAAAGAAAAGGGUCUGGGAGGCAAGAGCCCAGAAGCUGGCCCUGAUUGGCUGAAACAGUUUGAUGCAGUGUUGCCUGGCUAUACCCUCAAGAGCCAGCUAGACAUCUUGAGCCUCCUGAAACAGGAGAGCCCCGCCCCAGAGCCACCCACCCAACACAGCUACACCUACAACGUCUCCAACCUGGAUGUGCGACAGCUCUCAGCCCCGCCUCCUGAAGAACCCUCCCCGCCCCCAUCCCCCUUGGCACCCUCUCCUGCCAGCCCCCCUGCUGAACCCCUGGCUGAACUCCCGGCUGAACCCUCAGCUGAGCCACCUGUCCCCUCGCCUCUGCCACUGGCCUCAUCCCCUGAAUCAGCCCGACCCAAGCCCCGAGCCCGGCCCCCUGAAGAAGGUGAAGAUUCCCGGCCCCCUCGCCUCAAGAAGUGGAAGGGGGUGCGUUGGAAGCGGCUGCGGCUGCUGCUGACCAUUCAGAAGGCCGGUGGACGGCAGGAGGAUGAGCGGGAAGUGGCGGAGUUUAUGGAACAGCUCGGCACAGCCCUGCGACCCGACAAGGUGCCUCGCGACAUGCGGCGCUGCUGCUUCUGUCACGAGGAGGGUGAUGGGGCCACUGAUGGACCUGCCCGCCUGCUGAACCUGGACCUGGACCUGUGGGUGCACCUCAACUGCGCUCUGUGGUCCACGGAGGUAUAUGAGACCCAGGGCGGGGCACUGAUGAACGUGGAGGUUGCCCUGCACCGAGGACUGCUCACCAAGUGCUCCCUGUGCCAGCGCACCGGUGCCACCAGCAGCUGCAAUCGAAUGCGUUGUCCCAACGUCUACCAUUUUGCCUGUGCCAUCCGCGCCAAGUGCAUGUUCUUCAAGGACAAGACCAUGCUGUGUCCAAUGCAUAAGAUCAAGGGACCCUGUGAACAGGAGCUGAGCUCUUUUGCUGUCUUCCGGCGGGUCUACAUUGAGCGGGAUGAGGUGAAGCAAAUCGCCAGCAUCAUCCAGCGGGGAGAGCGGCUGCACAUGUUCCGUGUAGGGGGCCUUGUGUUCCAUGCCAUUGGACAGCUGCUCCCUCACCAAAUGGCCGACUUCCACAGUGCCACUGCCCUUUAUCCUGUGGGCUAUGAGGCCACACGCAUCUACUGGAGCCUCCGCACCAACAACCGCCGCUGCUGCUACCGCUGCUCCAUCGGCGAGAACAACGGAAGGCCCGAGUUCAUAAUCAAAGUCAUCGAGCAGGGCCUGGAGGACCUGGUCUUCACCGACGCCUCCCCCCAGGCUGUGUGGAAUCGCAUCAUUGAGCCUGUGGCUGCCAUGAGAAAAGAGGCCGACAUGCUGCGGCUCUUCCCUGAGUACCUGAAAGGCGAGGAGCUCUUUGGGCUGACGGUGCACGCCGUGCUGCGCAUAGCUGAAUCACUGCCUGGAGUGGAGAGCUGUCAAAACUAUUUAUUCCGCUAUGGACGCCACCCCCUGAUGGAGCUGCCACUCAUGAUCAAUCCCACUGGUUGUGCCCGAUCGGAGCCUAAAAUCCUCACACACUACAAACGCGUUUUCACAUCCAUUAUCUCAUUUGAUCCUCACAACAACCUUAUGAGGCCUCACACCCUGAACAGCACCAGCAUGUCCAAGGCGUAUCAGAGCACCUUCACAGGCGAGACCAACACCCCAUACAGCAAGCAGUUUGUGCACUCCAAGUCAUCACAGUACCGGCGUCUGCGCACUGAGUGGAAGAACAAUGUGUAUCUGGCUCGCUCCCGUAUCCAGGGCCUGGGGCUCUAUGCCGCCAAGGACCUAGAAAAGCACACGAUGGUCAUUGAGUAUAUUGGCACCAUCAUUCGCAACGAGGUGGCCAACCGGCGGGAGAAAAUCUAUGAGGAGCAGAAUCGAGGCAUCUACAUGUUCCGAAUAAACAAUGAACAUGUGAUUGAUGCUACGUUGACCGGAGGUCCUGCCAGGUACAUUAACCAUUCCUGUGCCCCUAACUGUGUGGCGGAAGUUGUGACGUUUGACAAGGAGGAUAAAAUCAUCAUCAUCUCCAGCCGGCGAAUCCCCAAAGGAGAGGAGCUGACCUAUGACUAUCAGUUUGACUUUGAGGACGAUCAGCACAAGAUCCCCUGCCACUGUGGAGCCUGGAAUUGUCGAAAAUGGAUGAACUAAGAAGCUUAGAGGCUACCAGGCAGGGGAGUCCCCCCACCCCCAACCUCUUCCCUGAAAGGGAUGAGGGGGAAGAGAGGUAGCAGCCAGAGCCAGGACCCAGGGCUGGGGCUGCCGGCUGACCGGAGCCCCUGGAGCAGGAGGCUGGGGCAGAGGGCCCUAGGCCAAGCCCACCCUGGGCACCAGGGGCAACCCUCUUCCCCGCCACCGGCCCCCAGGCUGGCAUCUCUGCCCCCAGCUCCAGGAGGGGCCAGACAGAAGCAGCCAUUGGGCAUCUCAGGUUUGAGGGGGAUAUGGGCCGGGAACUACCCAGAAGCAACUGGGAGGCAGCAGGGAGGGGGGAGGAGGAUGUGUGGCCGGGCCUCACAGCCCUGCUGCUCCCACCGACCUCUCCGGCCCAACUCAAGGCUGCAAAGAGACUUGACUAAGCUUGACAAUCCCAAAGGCCGGGUCCCACACCUGGCCCUGCCUGCCGGGUCCUGCCCCCACCCUCACUCCCAUCCCCUUCCCUCUCAAUCUGUCUCUGUCUCCCUCUUCUCCUCUGUGUUUCUGUCUCUCUAUGGGUUGUGUUUCCUUGUUUUCCACUCUGACAAAUGCAACAUGAACGGGAAAGAGGCGCCCAGCUGCCCAGGAGGGCGAGCCAGGCAAGCCGGGCAAGGAGACCCCGCACCCACACCUACCUCAUUUAAGUGUUGGAUUUUUUGCUGUUUUGAAAUGUGAGACCCUCUCCAAGCCCCCUACUGCCCCGAUCCUCUCUUCCACCUCACUGCCCUCUUCUGAGUGGGUGGAAGGGGGGUAGGAAGAGGAAGAAAAACAACAACAAAAAAUCCAUCUUUGUUUUUAAUUAUGGGCAUGGGAUGGUGGUUGAGGCUAAUGAUGAUGAAGAUUGGGGAUAACUGGCCCCGAGUUGCUCUAGGACUUCCUUCUCCAUCUAGACAUGGGGGCAGGAGGGGGUGCUAAACCUAGGACCAGGAUAUCUCCCUCCUGUUUUCCCAACCCCAUCAUGAGCCCAUUUGCCCUCCAGCCCCUGGAUGGGGUGGGUGGGUGGUAGGGUGAGGGCUAUCCCUGAGUGGCAUGCCCAUACCCAGUGAGGCAGGGUGUGGCCCGGAGCUCCCACUUUCCCUCAGUCACCAAACUGCUGCUGGUCUGGUGGGAAGGGGUGGUGAUGUGGGGGUGGGGAGCUUAGUGUCAGCGCGGGGAGGGUGGGGGGUAUUUAUCUAUUUAUACAUGGGAUUGUACAUAGUCUUGUGGGGAAUGGGGGAGCCGGCUGGAGGUGAGAACCCUCCCCUCUCCCCCCACCCCCGGGGAGAGCAAAUGUAAAACUACUAAUUUUUGUGCUUUAUAUAUUCUAUAUAAAUAUAUCUAUUUUCUUUUUACAAAACCAGUUUAUAAAUGGUAGGGGGGCGUGGGGCGGACACAUGGAGCUCCCCUUGUGGGGGGGCCCCCUCCAUAACCCAACCUACCGCCCUUUUCCUCACCCCCUCCUUCCCACCCCCUGGCUGUGACUGCUGUAAGGUGGGGGUAUAGAGGCUGGGCAAUUCUCACCCCCUUUGUAUAGUCGGACUAUGUUAUAACGCACAAAAGAGAGCUGGCCCCAGGGGGAGCCAGAGGGUGAUGGGUUCCCUGCCUCCCUUUCCUUCCCCUUUCUGCCCAAGCUUGUGCUGCAGUUGAACCUCUUCCUGGGGGGUAGGGGUAGGUUGGGGGUGGGUGAGGCCCCAGACCCGUCUCUAGUAGGGAGCGCGUGGGGAUGAAGAUGAAGCUUAUAUGCAGUUCUCUCCUAGGGGCUGUGGGCAAAGGACAUUUUGUAAUUAAUAUUUUCAAAAAUCAAAUGUCUGGAGUGUAGGGGUGGGCUUGGUGGCGGUGGAUGGGCAGGCCUGCUGGAGGGGGAGCACGGUCGCUGUUGUGAUUUUAGGUUUGUUUUGUUUUGUUUUUGAAUUUGGGGGGUUGCGGAUUGAUGGGGGUAGGGAGAAUUUUUUUUUUUAAGCUGCUUCCUCAACUGUUUCAAGCUGCAAAUGUUUAAGAGAAUAACAUCCCCCCACCCCCACAGAAACCACUGUAAUUAAAUCAGACAGUGGGGAGACUGGGCUGCUGCCCCCAAAGCCAUUGGAUAUUCCUUUUCCAAGAGCAAAAGGUCUAGGCUACAGGGAGGGGGAGAUUGACUCCUGUGAGUCAGGCUCUGGUUGGGGCUUGGGCCCUGGGAUUGGGAAAAGGGGAUGGGGCAGACUUUGUAAGCAUAUGCUAGGUAUCCGAUAGUCCUGUAGAAUUUAGUGAAGAAACCUUAUACAGUUUUUAAUUUUUAUAUAAACUAACUCAGACCCAAGCUACAAGGUUGGAAUUUUGGUUGUUGGUUUUUUUUUUUUUUUUUUUAAAGUAUCCCGCCUGUAUAAUUGCAUCUGAAUUCCCUUCCCACCCGCCCCCCUCCCCCUCCCCUGUUUGUAUUUUGGGUUGGUUUACACUUGCACAUAUUCAAUUUUCAGUUUUUCCCUUUUACAGUCUUCUCCCCUCACCUCCAGGACCCUCCCCCUUUUUAAAAAAUAAAUCGCUGACAAGUGUGAAUCCCGUGAAGACUUUAUUUUGUGUUGUGUGUAUCCUGUACAGCAAGGUUGGUCCUUCGUAACAACGGAUGAAAUGAUUCCCUUUUUUAAAGCGCCCUCUCUCCCUCCACCCCCAGCGCCCUGUCCUUGGCAUGUUUUGUAUCAGCGAUCAUUCUGAACUGUACAUAAUUUAUGUUGCAAGAGGCAAAGGGCAAGUUUUGGAUUUUGCUUCUUCCAAGUUUGUUUUUAAACGACAAAUAAAAAAAGAACAUUUUAAAUACAA